AUGUUCCAACGCCUAAGAAAGUUAAGUCUGUCGGGUCUUUCGGCUUAUAUCCUUUUCUAUAGCUACCACUAUGCCCGAGUCCUGGGUGUGGUUUGCUUCAGGAUCGACAAGAGGAGAACCGAAGAAUCCAUGGUGGUUCGAAAGCAACAUCAAUUGAAAUGGUUCAGCCUGAGUUUGAGACUCAUCUGCUCCACGGCUGUAUGCUGCUUCUGUGCUCCUCAUGUUGCUGAAAUUGAUGAUCCUUACGAGUACUUUAUGCAAUGCCUUCGCCUGAUGUCCAGCUUCUUGUGCUCCAUUUGCAUUGUGGUGGUUCAAAUGGGCUACGAACAUGAGCUCCUCCGGAUGAUGAAUAAUUUUAUGCGACUCUUUCGACGCAUUCGCCGUAUGUGGUGUCAGAAAAAGUUCGGUUUCGGUGGGAAAAGAGAGUUUUUCCUGCUAUUUAUGAAAUCCGUUUGCUUGGUCUAUGAACUGUACUGUGAGUUGAGACAACUGGCGGAUUCCCCCCAUUUUUUGGCUUUUGUCACGAUGAUAUGUGAGAUAUUCUUGGAGAUUGGUUCUUUGAUGUUCUUACAUAUCGGUUUUUUGGGUUAUCUCACUGUGGCUGCUUUGUAUUCCGAGGUGAAUAGCUUGGUGCGUGUGGAGUUGCGUCGCCAGUUGAGAUCCUUGGAGCGUCCUGGGGGUGGUCCUGUCACACGGCGACAUCUCCGGAUAGUUGAGUGUCGCCUGGACGAGUGCAUAUCGAUAUAUGAUGAGAUCGAACGAGUUGGUCACUCCUUUCAUUGCCUCUUGGAGCUGCCCCUUCUCAUUAUCCUUAUAAGCAAAAUCUUUGCCACCACUGUUUUAUCCUAUGAGGUGAUCAUCCGAGCGGAGCUUUAUCCUCACAAGGCAGGGAUGUGGGGUCUGGUGGUCAAGAGUUUUGCCGAUGUCAUACUCCUGACUCUGGCGGUUCACGAGGCUGUGAGUAGUUCCCGGCUAGUGCGACGUUUGAGUCUCGAGAAUUGUCCUCUCAGCGAUCACAAGGAGUGGCAUGUCAAGUGGGAAAUGUUCUUGAGUCGUCUGAACUUCUUUGAGUUUCGUGUGCGGCCUUUGGGAUUGUUUGAGGUCUCCAACGAAAUGAUCUUGCUGUUUUUGUCCAGCAUGAUCACCUAUUUCACCUAUGUGGUGCAAUAUGGGAUUCAAUCUAAUCAAUUGUAA